AUGGUCGUAGAGGGGGACGAAUCACCCAAUCCAAAUCCCUCCAACAGCCCUGGAGAAGAGGAUGCGAUGCACGUGACAUCAUACCAACAAAAGGAGCACCCCAUUGAUUGGCCCCUGAGACUUGCCCUUUGUGCGUCGCAGUGCGGAAGUAUCGCACAACCAGCUAUGAAUGAGCCCGUUUCCGCUCCGACAGAUACUCCCGAAGGGUCCCGCGUCGGCGAGGAAGGUAACAGCCAAGCAGGUUCCAAACUCCCCGCCCUUAAGGACAAGCAAUGCCAGUACUGUCAUCAACCCUUCACCUCUUCCUCCCUCGGCCGCCAUCUUGACCAGUACCUGUUCAAAAAGAAGCCAGACGGCGUGCAUGAUGUCGAGGAGAUCCGGCGUCUGCGCGGCAGCAUCACCCGGCGAACGGCGCGUAACUCGACUGCGAAGCGGGAGAUUCCCGAUACUUCCUCUCCGUCGACAUCUCCCAAGGUUUCUGGCACUGAACUCAAGUGCGAGAGUAGCCUGCGGCUGGAUGGCAAGCCGGGCAAAACUGGAUUCCAGGUGCUGCUCAAUCAACCCACCUGGCACACCACGGGAGUCAUCAAUGAUAUCCCGAAUACCUCGCAGGUCUCACAACCGCGAGUGUCUACUGUGGGUACUGACUAUUCGGCACGAUCGUCAAACAAAAUUGGCCCGGAGACGACGAGAGCUUUGGAGCUGGCGCUGAGGGAAGUAUUGGACAAUGUGAGAGCCGCAGUCACGAGGACCGAAUCACGAAUGAAUCCAUUUGACUUCGAUCUUCAACGUCAGACGUUUCCGGCCCUUUGUCUCCAUGUACUGCCCCCUCCUCCCAGCCUCUUUUCGACCCACCCAUUUUCAACUCCAACGUCCUUUCCACUCGAGCCUCCAGGCAUGGAUAAGCAGGACAUCAUAAAACAGACGAUGCUGGUCCAGAUACAGCAGUGGAAAUCUAAUCAGUUGGCAGGGGUCAUUUCACGCCAGGGAGCCGGAUGCUCGAACGAAGGAAGCUCACGAAAUUGGGAGACUGAAAUGAUCGAGAGAUCCGCCCAACAACAUGAAGAAAUGGCCAUCAGACACCUCGAACUUUCGUUCAAUCAUUGGAUAUCUUUGCCGCUGGGUGCUCGAAAUGAUAUUUGGCGAAUGGAGAUUACCCGUGCAUAUGCGCGAGAAAAGGAGAGACGCGAGGAAAUCGGAAACCAGCUGGCCCGGACGCAACAGGAGGUGAAUAGCCUACAGGCGCAGAUUGACAGGCUGGAAAACUGCCAGUGGCCCCGAGAAUUCGCCAUUUUUCCUCCAGAGAUGUUACCCAUUCCACGGUCGGUGUCAAGAGAGUUAGCCGAGAAGAGCAAAGUGAAUAGCAUUGAUUCUUCACGAUGGGACUAUGACAAUUUAGUCGCGAAGUGGAAACGGGUAGUUAUGCAUGAUAAGAGCAUGGGCAGGGCUGGCUCAGGGGCAGCCUCAAGCGUAUUCCCGGAUUUGAGUAACUCUCCUCGCAGCAGUAGCGCCAACACCAACGUCGGUCACCAUAACAGAGGGUCAAACGGCGAAACCAGCCACUACUCCAAACACCACCAUGGCACAAGAGCUCUCUCCCCGCAACGAAAUAUACCAACCUCUUGCGAAGCUUCCAACAGCCAACGCUUUGCUCCAACCAGCACACAGCAUAUUCCCUACCAAACGCGCGACCCAAACAGGGACUGA